AUGCGUAUUCUGGUUAUGCUACUACUCGACACACUCCCGAUGUUGGGAAACGUCCUAAUGCUGUGCUUUUUUGUAUUCUUCAUAUUUGGCAUAAUUGGUGUUCAGCUUUGGGCCGGACUUUUGCGUCAAAGGUGUCAUCUCGUCCUCCCGCCCAAUAUCUCAAACCCGAGUCCAAUCGCGUCGUACUAUCAGAACCCGGACGCCGACAAGGAGUACAUCUGCGCUCUGGACAAAGACAACGGAAUGCAUCGGUGUGUGGAUCUGCCGCCGUCCCGAUACUAUCACUUGGUCUGUCAGGACAGGGCCCGACCCGACAGUUACAACGACCCAAACGACACCAAUUGUGUCAAUUGGAACCAGUAUUACACCCAAUGCCGCGCCGGCGACAAGAAUCCCUUUCAGGACGCCAUCAGCUUUGACAACGUGGGUAUGGCCUGGACCGCCAUCUUUCUGGUCAUAUCGUUGGAGGGCUGGUCCGAUAUCAUGUACUACGUCCAGGACGCCCACUCCUUCUGGGACUGGAUCUACUUUGUGCUCCUUAUAGUGAUUGGCUCGUUUUUUAUGAUUAACUUAUGUUUGGUUGUGAUUGCGACCCAAUUCUCCGAAACCAAGAAGCGUGAAAUGGAGAGAAUGCGACAAGAAAGGGCCAGGUGCCAUUCAAUGAGCACUCUGGCCAGUUAUAGUGCCAGUGAGGCCAACAACUGUUACGCCGCUCUCAUCAAAUAUUUAGCCCAUUUGUGGCGCAAAUCGCGCAGAAAUACUCUCCGAUGGUAUCGGAGUCGACAUAAAGGCAGCAAAACGGGAAUCCCGGCCGAUAUGAUGGCCGGCAUCACAGAGAUAGUGGCGCCGCACACCAUAACCCUGAGCGCCGGCAAACGGCUCCACAAGCGCUCGGGUGGCGGCAAAAAGUCGCGCAAAAAGUACAACAUUAAAAACCAUACGUACGUAACGACCGGCGAUCACAAGUCGACUGAUCCCUAUCAGCAGCCGUUGACGACGGCGUCGUCCGGAGCGGUGACGCCAAAGGGACCAAAACCCAAACGAUGUGAUAAACUCAACGCUAAACAGUGGUCACCGCAGAGCACGUCCGCACGCUUUACGCAGUGUCUGAUCAGCACAACCACAGCGGCCGACACGGCUGCCAACACACCGGCCCCGCGGGCCAGUCCCGAGAUCUCCGACAUCGAUGUCAACUAUUCUCCGGCGAGGAAUAGCGACAUCAAUGGCGAGCCUCUCAUCCAGACCUCGACUGCCAUUAUAGCGGAGAAUAAGUCACACAAUCGUCUCAUCAAUAAGUCUUCCAAUAAUAGUAAUAAUAAUAACAAUAAUAAUCAUAAGUAUUGUGCGAAUAGGGAUAGGGAUGAGUGUAAAGAGAGCGCUGUGUCCAUAAUUCCUCACCAAAAUUACGUCCAAACCGUCGAUUGCGUAAAGAAAGGGCCGGAUGUUUGCGGCGGCGCCGAUAGUCAGGCGUUCAAAACGUUUCACUUAAAUGCGGUCAAGUCGGGCCGACACGGGUCGGCGCCUACACUCCUGUUCCUGCGGCCGACGCCGAGUCCCACAUUCAGUCCCACAUUCGUUACGCUUAGGGGCGGCGCCGGCGGUGUUGGCGGUGCCGAGACUCGGGAACCGUUGCAAAGUAUCACAGAGACCAUAGGCUCGUGUGGCCAGAGUGAGGCCGGUUGGAGUAACACCGAGUGCUCGUGGGAUGACGACAACGACGACCAAAACAGUGUGAACCGACACAACCAUAAGGACAGUACAAAGUGCUUCACGUGUUGGGACGGCAUUCAAACGGUGCUCAAAGUGAUUGUGAACCACGACUAUUUUGACCGUGCCAUAUUUUUAGCCAUUUUGAUGAAUACUCUGUGUAUGGGCAUUGAAUACCAUCAACAACCGCCCAGUCUUACCCAAAUGGUCGAGAUUAGUAAUGUUAUUUUUACUGCAAUAUUUGGUUUUGAAAUGGUUCUCAAACUGUCGGCCGACGGUUUCUAUACAUACAUAUCGUCCGGUUUUAAUGUGUUUGACGGAAGUAUUGUGCUCUUGAGUCUUCUGGAACUGUUGGAAGAGCACGGGUCGGGCCUAUCGGUGCUCCGGAGUUUUCGUUUGUUGCGGAUCUUGAAAUUGGUCCGCUUUAUGCCUGCCCUCCGCCGCCAACUGGUGAUAAUGUUACGGACCAUCGAUAACGUGGCCGUAUUUUUUGCGCUACUUUUGCUUUUUAUAUUCAUCUUUAGUUGCCUCGGCAUGCAUUUGUUUGGCGGACUAUUUUGCACAGUUGUCCAGCAGUCGGACGGCGCGAAACGGCACUGCGAUUGCACUGAUAUACGCGAUCCUAAGAUUAAUUGUAGACCUAAUCGAAAGCAUUUCGAUAAUAUACUCUGGGCUACCAUUACUGUCUUCCAGAUCCUAACCCAAGAGGACUGGAAUGUUGUGCUGUUCAACGGUAUGGAGAGGACCUCCCCGUACGCGGCCCUGUAUUUCGUGGCGCUCAUGACUUUUGGCAAUUAUGUGUUAUUCAAUCUGUUGGUCGCUAUUCUGGUGGAGGGCUUCUCGCAAGAGCCGUCGGAGAAGAAGCCAUCGGAAAGCGACGACAUGUCCGACGAUCAAGAAGUGAAAAAAGAAAAACUCAUCUAUUUUUACGGACCCGAAGACAAUCUCGAGAGAGAAAUACAACUCUUAUCGAACUCUGCGGUCGGGUAUGAGAUGUCAGAGUCGCUGAGAGAGCGGAAGGAGAGCAACGCCGGUGCCGGCGGAGUGGUCGCCAGCGCCGGCAUAACCCUAGGCCUGCCACCAAUCAUCACCCAUACGGCGGCCACACCGCAGGGCUCGCCCAACGCCACUCUCGAGCCCUCGCGAUCCUUUCAGACGAGUCCACUCGCACUGCACAUACAGGCGGCCUCUCUUUGCUCAAUCAAUCAGACAUUUGAGAAUUACACGCCUCCGGGCUCUACGCGAAACGUGGCCUCACUAUCGGUUCCGAGCAAUCAUUUUGUGCCACAAUUUCUUCAACGGCGCCGAAGUUCUGCCGGAUCUGUUUCGGGCGCCGCCAGCGGCGACUCUCUGGCGGUGUCCACACCGGGUAGUCGUCGGGGUUCGUGUCUGUCGGCCGCCGAAACCGCCAAUACUAACCGAGUGGUGGCCAGCAUUUGCCGUAUCCAACGGCGCGGCAGUAAUACCAGCCGUCGGUCCAGUCAUAGCCAUCAGCGGAAGAAGUCGUCCGACCGGCAGAUACUGGUGUCUGCCGACCGAUCCGACAGCGACACCGAUAGUGAGACUUUCGAUAACAGUAGUGAUCGGCGACACAACGAACGCGAGGGCAGUGUCACCACCGAAGCCGAUGUGAACCAUCAGUCGUGUAACGGCGAUCUGUUGGCGCUCAACACCGGCCACAACAACAACAGUAGUGAUAAUAAUCAUAACCGAAACACUCGGUGCUCAAUACCCCGUAAUUAA